ACGCUUAGUUAGGAAGCAUAUCAUAGGUUACAUAUAUAUACACAAGAAUAUUCACCAAACGGCAGCGGCCACACCGUGCUGGCACUAGCUAACUGCUAAAGCUAAUCCUGUGAGGCUUUCAACGACUCAACAUUCACUGAGCCUGCACGUGAAGUCUGUCAAAAUGAGCGCAGCCUCCUCCCAAAAAGUUGUCCUGAAAAGCACCACCAAAGUGUCCCUAAAUGAGCGCUUCACUAACAUGCUGAAGAAUAAGCAGCCCACUGCGGUAAGCAUUCGAGCCACCAUGCAACAGCAGCAUUUGGCCAGUGCCCGUAAUCGCCGGCUGGCCCAGCAGAUGGAGAACCGACCCUCAGUGCAAGCUGCUCUAAAUCACAAGCAGAGCCUGAAGCAGCGUCUGGGGAAGAGCAACAUCCAGGCCAGGCUGGGUCGGCCUGUUGGGGCUCUGCUGCGUGGAGGAGCUCCUGGAGGCAGAGGAGGAAUGCGGGGGAUGACCAGGGGAGGUCUUAGAGGACGAGCCAGAGGAGGUGCAUUGAGGGGAGCUCUGUCCCUGAGAGGGAAGCGUGUGCUUACAGGUGUUCCCAUGCGAGGCCGUGGCGCUGCUGGCCGUCUGACGAUGCGCAGAGGAGGCCGUCACCGCGGAGGAGCUUCUGGCAGAGGAGGAGCUCUGUCCCGAGGAGCAGCACGAGGGGGAGUAGCCAGAGGCCGCGGUGGGCUGCGUGGUCGUGGUGGCUUUGCUGGUCGAGGCGGUCGCGGCCGUGGACGGGGCCGAGGCAUUGGCCGACCAGCUGUGACCCGUGAACAACUUGACAAUCAGCUGGAUGCCUACAUGUCAAAGACCAAAGGUCAUCUGGAUGCUGAACUGGAUGCCUACAUGGCCCAGGCAGAUCCAGACAGUAUGGAGUGAUGCUGAUGGAUUCAGAAGCAGAAGGACAUGUUGAGUCAACUACAGAACUGUACAGCUGAAUACACACAUACAGUGUAGUGUAUUUUACACCAGUGCUGACAAAUUGUUAAUAAUUAAGAUAAGUGGGGACAGUCCAGAACUCUUAGCUCUGGAACAGCAGGAAAUCAAGGUGUCACCUGAUUGUGCUCAGCCGCUACUAAAUUCUGUAUUGAUCUGCUCCUGCAAAACCCUUUUAAUUCUAGAAUAACUGAAGGGACCUUUUUAAAGUAUUAUAUAUGUCAUGAAAAACGGAUAUCUGUAAUUACUUAAAACUGAUAAGUCAUCCAGCAGAUGUUGCAUUAACCUUAGCUUAUGUUGUAGUCCAUCUUUUUUUUUAUAUAUAUAUUUCUUUUUAAAUAAGAUUUUAGUGUUGCUGUACUCAGACCUUUGGAGAUUGAUUAAUUUUCUUUACAAUGCAAAACCUUCUGAAAUUUAUUUGCUGAAAAAAGAAUGUAAGUUUUUAAGCCAAGUAUAUUUUUGUCUUCAUAUUUGUAAGUUGUAGUACAAUGAAGAAUCUUCCAGCUGUCAGCAUUCUUCAGUGGAGUGCUGGCUUUCUUUGUUCUUGAGAGCAUUUAUAUGACAUUAUCAAGCAAGUAAAUAAGUUAUGCGUCCUUCAGUGAAAUAUUGGCCAGAAAUCAGAUUAGGACAUUGGAAUGUUGUUUCUCAGAAUCAAUAACUAAAUUUCCCAGUAAUGAUGUUAUUGACUCCUUAAAACUGAAACGGUCUGUACCAGUGAUCUGUUGUUACCAUCAGUUGCAUAUGUCUGAUGAUGAAGCAGUUUUUUUAGGCUUAAUAGGUAGCAGUAAUGCCAGUAAUUUACAAGCAAAAAACUAUUUCAGGCGUGUGUAAAUUUUGUACCACAAAUGAGUUGUGUGCGCCUUCAUCCUUGAUAAAAAUCACACAGUUUGUGGGUAUCUGAUCCAACUGUCUUAAAUGUCAGCAAAACUAACCUCUUUGUAUAUGUUUUGUGACUGAGGUCCUAAAUAACUAUUAUCAGUCAAAUUAGGGUUUCAGAGACUAGUUUGUGAGAGAACAAAAUCUGGGAUUGUUCCCUAAUUCACACGUAUGUGUGGGCUUAGGUUCCAUACAUGACAUACCUUAUUUUGUUACAACCGCUGGUACUGUUACUCACCUUUUGAGUCGUAUGUGAUGACUGUUUUCAUAAAACCUAGAUAUCAGAUUAAACCAGGAUUUUCUAGUUGUCAUCAAUGUACUUGUGAUACGAUUUGUCACAGAACUACACCAGUGAGUUUAAUUGUAUAUGUGUAGUACUCAAGUCUAACAGCAGACGGCAGCAGCUUGUAGCCUGCCAAAAAGCAAAAGAAGAAGAGUUCAACCAAAGAGCUCCAUAUUCACCCCCCCUCACUCAAAUAUCAAGCAGGGAUGAUCAUAUUAAGUACAUCACAAUUCCCUUAUUAGACAUUUCCUCAGUCCUUGAGAGGAGCUGGCGGCAGGAGUGGGCUGAGACAAACAGCUGUUGGACAGCUUCCAGCAGCCUUCAGUGUGUUCAGGAAGUCCUGGUAACAGUCAAAGUUGUGCUAUUGCUAUCACUUUGUAUGCAUUUUCUAGUUUUAAUCGUGACAAGGUAGCCUAUUAAAGCUACACAGACAACUUGUGA